AACAGUUGACUUUGACCUGCCUUCUUGCAUAAAGCCAGAAAUGGUAGCUACAGCAACCCAACUUGUCAUUUGAAAUCCAAUCUAACUGCAAGAAUUAAUAGUUCAGCAAAACCAAAUCCUUAAAAUUGCAACCCAAGAAAAUUUUAUUUCUUUGGAAAUGAAUCUCUCGUUCUUUUACCUUUUGAUGCUAAUUCUUGUCUGCUAUGGAGAGAGUAUUAAUGAAUGCCAAGAAUCAAGAUGUGGAAAAAAUGGCCCAGCCAUUCGAUUUCCUUUCCGGCUCAAGAACAGACAACCGGACCAUUGUGGCCUUCCUGGGUUCGAUGUUUCUUGCACAGAAACAGAAGAUACAUUGAUAGAUCUGCCAAGUUCAGUCAAACUCUACAUCGACAAAAUUGAUUAUGUAUCUCAGGUUAUUUACACAUCAGACCCUAAUAAUUGCCUUCCAAAACAGCUCUUAAACUUCAAUUUGGUUGAUUCUCCUUUCAAAUUCGAAGGAAGCUUCCGAUCUGAUUACGUAUUCUUCAAUUGUUCUUCAAUAGAUAGAAACUUAUACCUGUCUAUGCCUUGUUUGAGUGUUCCUGGUUAUGAUGUCCAUGCCUUUGCUACUGAUUAUCCUGUCGCAAGCCUUGCCCUUACAUCUUGUACAAAGAUGUAUAAUGUUUCUUCAGUUCCUAUGGAUUUCAUUAGCAGAGACAAUGUUCUUAGUUUGAAUUGGUCAAACCCAGCAUGUGGGUCUUGUGAAGCACAAGGCAAGUAUUGUAGAUUGAAGCAGAAUACUAAUUCUAAACCUAAAACUGAAUGCUUUGACAAGCCAAAGCCAUCUAGAAAUAUCGGUAUGAAGUUAAUGGCUGCAGGUAUAGCUUUGGGUGUUUUUCUUCUUGUAUCAGUGGGGUUAGUAUUCUACUGGCUUUACACAUCGGAUAAAGCAGAAAAAGAAAAUCAAAGAAGGGUUCAAAAGUUUCUGGAGGAUUAUAAAACUCUUAAACCCACUAGGUAUUCCUAUUCUGAUAUAAAAAGGAUUACAAAUCAAUUUAAGGACAAACUAGGCCAAGGAGCAUAUGGAACAGUGUUUAAAGGAAAGCUUUCUAAUGAGAUUUUUGUGGCUGUGAAAAUCCUCAACAAUUCAACAGGAAAUGGGGAAGAGUUCAUUAAUGAAGUUGGGACAAUGGCAAGAAUUCGCCAUGUCAAUGUGGUUCGCUUUGUUGGGUAUUGUGCAGAUGGAUUUAGAAGAGCUUUAGUUUAUGAAUACCUACCAAAUGAAUCACUACAGAAGUUCAUAUUUUCCGAUCAUGGAAAGGAUCUUCUUGGCUGGGAGAAGCUUCAAGAUAUUGCACUUGGAAUAGCUGAAGGAAUCGAAUAUCUCCAUCAAGGGUGCGAUCAGCGAAUUCUCCAUUUCGAUAUCAAGCCUCACAAUAUCUUAUUAGAUGACAAUUUCAAUCCAAAGAUUUCUGAUUUUGGUCUUGCCAAGUUAUGCUCUAAAGAUCAGAGCGCCAUUUCGAUGUCUACAGCUCGAGGCACAAUGGGUUACGUUGCACCUGAAGUGUUCUCUAGAAACUUCGGAAAUGUGUCAUACAAAUCAGAUGUUUAUAGUUUUGGAAUGGUGUUACUAGACAUGGUUAAAGGGAAGAAAAACGUAGAGUUCGCAGAUGCUAACCAUGUCUACUUCCCGGAGUGGGUAUACAAGUGUCUGGAUCAAGGAGAAGAGCUAAGAAUCCAGAUUAAAGAAGAAAGUGAUGAACAAAUUGCAAAGAAACUGAUAAUUGUAGGACUUUGGUGUGUACAAUGGCACCCUGUGGAUCGUCUCUCAAUGAAAGCUGUAGUUCAAAUGUUGAAAGGAGAAGGAAACAAGUUAACAAUGCCUCCUAAUCCAUUUGCCUCUGCAGUGUCUAAUGCAAAUGUGACAAGGAGGCAUCUUCACCAAGAUUUAGCAGUCAUACCUGAAGCAGAGGGAUUAGAUGUUCAUACUCUGUAAUUUUUCUUUUAUGGACAAUUACGUUCAAAACAGAUUUCUUUUGAUUUCUGAACCUAUUGGGGGCCUGCAAGAUUACGGCCCAGAUUUAUCCAGUCUAAGUCUCGGCCCAUAUUUUAAAAGAACACGUGAUGGUGAUAUUUAGAGCACAAGAGAGCCCCAGGCCCAUAAUAGACAAAUACUGAUGAUACACAGCCUAGCCCAUCUGUCAAUGGCCUUGUUAAGGGUUUUUUUCUGUUUCUCUUAAUCUCUUAAUAUAUCUUUAGGUUAGGGUUUGUGCAUUUUUUUUUUUUUUUCAACUCUAAAUUCUCGCUUUUUUUUUUUUUUAUUGAAAUGUUAAAUAACUAGCUAAGAGUUUAUUUAA